GCCUGCCCGCCGCUGCUUCCUCCAGGAUCACAGGAGCUCCAGACCACGUCUAGCCACCAUGAGUUCUCUCAGUGAAGCAAACACCCACUUUGCAAUAGAUCUGUUCCAACAGAUCAGACAAUCAAAAAAGGAAAACGUCUUCUAUUCCCCUUUCAGUAUCAUGUCAGCCUUAGCCAUGACUUCCUUAGGGGCCCAAGGACAAACUGCAUCAGAAAUUGAGAAGGUGCUUCACUUUAAUGAAAUCACAGGGAACACAAAAGGAGAAGCUACAAGAGAUCCUGUCGAAAAGUCAGGAGAUGUUCACCAUCAAUUUCAAAACCUUCUGACUGAGUUAAAGAAACCCAGGGAUGCCUACGAACUAAAGGUCGCCAACAGGCUCUAUGCAGAAAAGGAGUUUCCGUUUCUUCAGGGAUACAUGAAUAACGUUAAGAAAUUUUACCUGACCAGUGUGGAGUCUGCUAAUUUUGUCCAUGCUGCAGAAGAAAGUCGAAAGAUGAUUAAUUCCUGGGUGGAAAGACAAACUAAUGAAAAAAUCAAGGAUCUAUUUCCCAAAGACUCUUUUAGUGCCGACACCGUUCUGGUUCUGGUGAAUGCUGUCUAUUUCAAAGGGCAGUGGAAGCAGAAAUUUGAGAAAGAAAACACUGGGGAGGAAAAAUUUUGGCUGAACAAGGAUACAAGCAAAUCUGUGCAGAUGAUGAAACAAACCAGUCGUUUCAAUUUCACCUCACUGGAGAACAUGCAAGUCAAGAUCCUGGAAAUACCAUACAACGGCGAAGAGCUAAGCAUGGUGGUGCUGCUGCCCGAUGAAGUGGAUGGUCUGCAGAAGCUUGAAGAUCAACUCACUGCUGAGAAGUUAAUGGAGUGGACAAACUCAGAGAAUAUGAGGGAGCAUGACGUGGAUUUACACCUACCUCGGUUCAAGGUGGAAGAGAGCUAUGACCUCAAGGACACGCUGACAGCCCUGGGGAUGGUGGCUGCCUUCAAUAAUGCAGACUUCUCGGGCAUGACCGGGACCAGAGAUCUGGUGGUGUCGAAAGUCGUCCACAAGUCCUUUGUGGAGGUGAAUGAGGAGGGCACGGAGGCCACAGCUGCUACGGGUAUAGGAAUUCGUGAAAGAAUAGGACGAAUUCCUGACAGUUUCCAUUGUAACCACCCUUUCCUGUUCUUCAUCAAGCACAACAAGACCAACACCAUUCUCUUCUACGGCAGAGUCUCUGCCCCUGAGAUGUGAUUAGCUGGCGGCUACACUCAGGGACAUUCCCAGAGUUGUUCCCGAGCACUGAUUACUGGAACUAACAGGUUCUCCAGAUUCAUUCUCCUUUCCAACCUCAUAGUCACCACUAAGAAUGUGCUGGUUCAAAUACUAUGUCUGACUGUCUCUCUCUUUCUAUAAACACAUGUAAACCUACUCUAUUUCCCCAUGUUAACUCCCAUUUCGACAAGAUAUUCAAGAUAUGAUGAAGGAUAUUUCGACACUCUAGCUUCACCUAAAUUUGAAAUAACAUGGCUGCUGUUUCA